CCUUCGCGGCGAUCGACAAAUACCAAUUCCGAACCGCCUCUGCAUCAACCCUUUCGCAACGUAAUUUUUUGCGUCUAUCCUCCGCAGUACAGCACCUUGCACAUCGACACAGCAAUCCCUAGCCACAGGGAACAGCAUUCGCGAUGAACGGAGAUAGCUACACGUCUCGAGAGGGCGGCGCCCGUCAUGGCGGCUCAGGCCGUGACUACCAGGGAUCGAGACGUGACCGUGGCGACGAUCGCCGCGACCGACGAGACCCCGGCGACCGUACCGACCGUGGUGGCGAUCGUGCCGACCGUGGUGGUGAUCGUGCUUCGGGCCGCAGACGGUCUCGUUCGCCCCCCGGUGACUAUCGGUCCCGUCGCGAGGGCGGUGACGUAGAUGCCUAUUCCUCCAGCCGAAGCCAUCGAGACCGCGAGCGCGAAGACAGAUACUCGGGUCGUGAUCGUCCCCGGGCCGAGCGAGGAGAGAGGGAGUGGGAUCGCGACCGCGGCACCGCCAGAGGUGGCAGCCGCCGCGACGAUGACGAUAGACUCAGCCACCGCCGAGACCGCGGUGAGCGCGAUCUGAUGGACGACCGCCGCCCGGGCGCAGGUGCAGGCAGAGGACGUGAUGGACGCGACGGUGGCCGUAGCGGGCGCGACCGUGACGUUCCUAUGCGCGACGCCCCCCCGCGCGAUGACCGAGAGCGAGAACGAGCCGACAGAGCUGAUCGGGAAAUCCUUGAGAGAGAGCGUCGCCGUAGCGCGUCGCCUCCCCCCAAGAAGCGCGAGCCCACGCCUGACCUCACAGAUGUCGUCAACGUCUUGGAGCGGAAGCGGCGCCUCACCCAGUGGGACAUCAAGCCGCCCGGUUACGACAAUGUUACAGCCGAGCAGGCCAAGCUAUCUGGAAUGUUCCCCCUUCCUGGCGCUCCACGGCAACAGGCUAUCGACCCGGUCAAGCUUCAGACCUUCAUGACCCAGCCUGGCGGAUCCAGCAACAGCACCGCCCUCAAGCCGUCCAACGCUCGCCAGAGCAAGCGACUUAUAGUUUCUAACCUGCCUUCGUCGGCGAAUGAAGAGGCCAUUGUGGGAUUCUUCAAUUUGCAGCUGAACGGUCUCAAUGUUAUUGAGAGUACAGACCCGUGUCUCCUCGCCAAUGUUGCCCCCGACCAUUCCUUCGCGAUGCUCGAGUUCCGAAAUAGCACGGAUGCCACGGUGGCUUUGGCAUUUGACGGCAUUACGAUGGAAGCUGACGACGAUCACAGAGCCAAUGGUCACGCGGGAGCGCCGAAUGGCCUGAAGAUUCGCCGGCCCAAGGACUAUAUCGUGCCUGCUAUAGUCGAGAACCCGCACUACGACCCGGAUUCGGAUGUUCCAUCAAACAUCGUCGUUGAUAGCCCCCACAAGAUUAGUAUAACGAACAUCCCGCCUUUCCUUGCCGAAGAGCAGGUCACGGAGUUGCUUAUAGCGUUUGGCAAGCUGAAGUCGUUUGUUCUUGUUAGAGAUAGCUCGACGGAGGAAUCUCGUAGUAUUGCGUUCCUCGAAUACGCAGAUCCAUCCGUUACCCAAGUAGCCAUCCAAGGCUUGAACGGCAUGACAAUAGGAGAUCGCCCGAUCAGAGUGCAGAAGGCGAGCAUCGGCAUCACGCAGGUGGCCGGAGAGAUGGGUGUCAACGCAAUGUCCAUGCUUGCAGGGACGACAUCUAUGGAGACUGACGUUGGCCGUGUCCUGCAGCUGCUGAACAUGGUCACGCCUGAUGAGCUUAUGGACAAUGAUGACUACGAAGAAAUCCGCGAGGAUAUUGAGGAGGAGUGCCAGAAGUUUGGAAAGAUCUUGUCACUCAAGAUCCCCCGCCCCAUUGGCGGAAGCAGACAGUCGGCCGGCGUCGGCAAGAUCUUUAUCAAGUUUGAGACGUCAGAGGAGGCUACCAAGGCGUUGCGCAGCCUGGCUGGCCGAAAGUUUGCUGACCGUACAGUCGUCACGACGUACUUCCCAGAGGAAAACUUUGACGUUAGUGCUUGGUAAAUGGGGGUUUUGCCAUGGGGGACGAUCGGGUUUGAGGAGGUUAAGUGUGAAGGCUAGCUACAGUGAGGCCAGGUGCGCAGUCGGCCUCUGUAUCUCACAGUGGACUGCAAUUACGAAAAGGGGAGAUCGAUUUCGUGCAGGGAAACCGGGAUUUGACCUCUGAUAUCCAUGCACUUCAUACAUGUACGGAGAGGAGGCGACAAUGGUGUUCAGAUGCGUGUAUAAUACUUGUAGGGUUGUUGCGCUUCCCACGCCAAGAAAGGGGUUCGAGGCUAGUGUCGAUUUUCCACCAACUGAAACGGAAAGGUAAUCAUCUUCCACGCCUGUCUAGGUCUAUAGGCGGGACAAGAUAUGCAAAUGAGAAUGAAAUUCAUUUGAAUUGA